UGCCGCCAGAGUGCAGGCAGGUGCACCUGCUUCCUCCUAAACUAUCCCGUGGACCCCACCACCCAUCGAGCUCUGCAGGCUCCGCCGCCAUGGCGAUCGUCGCACUGUUACAGCCCUGGAGCUUGCUCGGCUUCCUUGCGGCGCUCAUGGCGCUCUGGUGGGCGUGCCGCGUGCUGGAGUCGACCCUGAUCGUCCCGCGGCGGCUCGGCCGCGCCCUGCAGUCCCAGGGCCUCCGUGGCAACGCGUACCGCUUCCCCUUCGGCGACCUCAAGGAGCUCGCGCGACUGGCCAUGGCUGCUCGGGCCAAGCCCAUGCCGCUCUCCCACGACAUCACUCCGCGCGUGAAUCGCCUCUACUACAACCUCAUCAGGGAACAUGGUAAAAUUUCGGUUACCUGGCUCGGUCCGACACCGAGGGUGAUCGUGAACGACCCCAAGCUGGUGAGGGAGAUCAUGGCCAACAAGCUUGGACACUUCCAGAAACGCAAGCACACCGGCAUCGUCAGGCAGUUCGCCAACGGGCUGGUGAACCACGAGGGUCAGAAAUGGGCUGCGCACCGCAAGAUCAUCAACCCGGCCUUUCACCUCGAGAAGCUCAAGAAAAUGUUGCCUGCGUUUGCUGCGUGCUCAAACGAGUUGAUAACUAGAUGGGUGGGCUACGUGGAGUCUGACGGAGCGAAGGAGAUAGAUGUGUGGCCGGAGUUCCAGAAUCUCACCGGCGACGUGAUCUCGCGCACGGCCUUCGGCAGCAGUUUCAGCGAGGGGAGGAGGAUUUUCGAGAUACAGUGCGAGCAAGUUCAAAAUCUAGUGAAAUUGAUGAACUCACUGUACCUCCCGGGUUUCAGAUUCCUGCCAACACAGCUAAACAGGAGGAUAAAGGCAAACGCGCGAGAGCUCCAGACGCUUCUGAGAGGGAUCGUCAGCAAGCGGGAGAAAGCCAUGAAAGAAGGCCGCGCCAACAACGACGACCUGCUUGGCCUGAUGAUGGACUCCAACAUUGCCGAGACCAAACAGGCCGGGAACUCCAAGCCAAUCAUGACCAUGGACGACAUCAUCGGGGAGCUGAAGCUCUUCUACUUCGCCGGGAUGGACACCACCGCUGUGCUGCUCACGUGGACGAUGGUCGUCCUGAGCAUCCACCCGGAGUGGCAGCACCGAGCGAGGGAGGAGGUUCAGCGUGCCUUUGGAGACAACCAGCCGGACUUGGACGGCAUACAGCAGCUGAAAAUCGUGACCAUGAUACUGUACGAGGUUCUCAGGCUGUACCCGCCAGUGGUGCAGCUGGAUCGGCAGACGUACACGGAGGUGGAGCUGGGCGGCGUCACGUACCCGCCUGGGGUGCUACUAUCGCUGCCGAUCGUCUUCAUUCACCACGACAAGGAUGUGUGGGGAGAGGACGCCGACGAGUUCAGGCCGGAGAGGUUCAAGGACGGCAUCUCCAAGGCGUCCAAGGACUCGCCGGCGUUCUUCCCGUUCGGCUGGGGUCCAAGGAUCUGCGUGGGGCAGAGCUUCGCGCUGGUCGAGGCCAAGAUGGCGCUCACCAGCAUCCUGCAGCACUUCUCCUUCGGUCUCUCGCAGUCCUACACUCACGCGCCGUUCCCGGUGUCCACUCUGCAGCCGGAACACGGGGCGCACAUCAUGCUCAAGAAACUCUCUAGUGUCUAGAUUUUUGGCUUACGUCAAGCAUGCUACGAACUACCCAUCUCAAGUACUUUGAGUCUCCUAUUUGAUAUCUGAACUUAUGAAAGUCGUUGAAAUUUAGUACAUUUAGGACAUGUCCGGAAGAGAUGGGUUGGUAAAGAACUUUUCAAUGGUUUACUUCAAAUCAAUUUGUACUAAAUUUUAAGGAUUUUGAGCACAAAA